UGGGUUUCUCCUCCAGAGCCAAAGAGCCAGUCCUCUCAGAGGCAUCACGAUGGUAAGAUGACGUUCCCCCCUAACGACCACCACCAGUCCCAGGACAGGUACCCCCAACGCAGCGACAGCCAGUCCCAGGGCAGGUACCCCCAACGCAGCGACAGCCGCAACGACAGGUCAGACAGUAGGAACGACAGACCACGGAAGGAGAGAAACGAGAGGAACGACAGAUCAGACUUCAGGAACGACAGGAACGACAGACCACCUCGCUUCCAGAGGGACAGUGACAAGGAUUUCCCUAAACCUGGCCACGACCCCUCCAUCGCCACAUCCACCCCUUCCCCAGCCCCAGCUCCAGCAGGGGGCCAGCAGGGCCAGGAGAGAGCCCAGGACAGAGGCCAGGAAAGGGGCCAGACACAGGAGAAAGCCCCUCCUGGAGGUGGAGGAGGGCCAGAGAGGUGGAGAGAGGCCCAGAAUGAGAGACAAGCAGCCAGGGAGGCCAGAGGACAGACGUCGGUGUUCUGCCCUGCUACGUACCCCGCCCCUGGCCAGCGGAAUAGAGAACCUAGAGACGGAACCCAGGGGGAUCUUUCUGGUUCUGGAACCUUCCAGCAGGGAAUCAGAGUAGGUUCRAGUUCUGGUUCCGGAGGGUUCCAGAACCAAAGUCGGAGAGAGCAGCACUCGGUACCUGAUCUGUCGUUUAAUAAGAGAGGAGGAGGAGGAGGAGGAGGGAUGAAGCAGGACAACGGGCCUGCACCAGCUGCCUCUAAACCAGGCCAGCACCAGACAGAGUCCAGUUCUAACUGUGGAUCAGAACCAAAAGGGGUCCAGAGAUCUGACAGCAGAGCAGAAAACAGAGCCGAGCCCAACAGCAGGCGGAGAGGAGGGGGGAAGUCCCACAGGGAACGGCCCAACUCGGACAACUUUGACCGUUACGCGGGACAACGGACCGCCCAACUCUUCUACGUCGUGGGCGGGGCAAGAGAAGGACUGUAGCGCCGGGACGCAGGACUGGGGGUGUCCCGUGGUGAGUCUCGUCCAGUGAAAGGCCAAGUGGGCAGCGGCCCCAGGCUCGGGGCCACACUCCAAAACGGUGACUCGUCAACGGAACACCGGACAGGGCCAAUCAAACAACAGAACUACUCCACUGGUCCCCGCCCCCAGGGAGAGGGAGGAGCCACACAAACAGGAACAGCACUAACCCCGCCCAUAACAACUCCAACACCGCCCCUAAGAAGAGAACAGGGCAGGUCAAAGGGCAGAGGUCAGACAGGGGCAGGUUGGGUCCAUGGAGCCUGCAGUGUCUCAAGGCCUGGGGACCUUGAAACCAGGAGACCAGGUUCUGGCUCUCUACUGGGAAGACAACAAGGUACAACUAUAUUAACACUGGAGUCAUGGUUAGAUAGAUGGGAGGAUUACAAGGUACAAUUAUAUUAACACUGGAGUCAUGGUUAGAUAGAUGGGAGGAUUACAAGGUACAACUAUAUUAACACUGGAGUCAUGGUUAGAUAGUAAUGGGAGGAAUUACAAGGUA